UAUGACGUUGACCCGUUGUGCUUCUGGAUUGUUUACAUAUUUCUGGUUGCCAACACUAGCAAACCGUGUGUUCUGCCACAUCUAUAUAUACCUCAUUGCGUCAAAUGAGGGUCAUACAGCAUAACAAAAACAUUGCAUUUUUCAUUCGGUUAUUCCUGUUUUAUUCUAUACGUGUGUGAACCGUGCACAAAAUCGAUGCCGUCAAACGAUAGCAAACAAUGUAGCAGUAGUUUUCAUCCGACGGAGUAAUCCUGAAUAAAGUUACCAAACAAAAAAAAAUGAACGGAUCGACUCGUAGUAAGUUUGGCCCUCUAAUAGGAGUACUGCAUGUGGGGCAGUCCAGUAGCAAGUUUCUCGUAUAUGCGGCAAAGAACGCGGAAGUACUGACCUGUCACGAGGAGCAACUGGAGACACAUUCGCCAAGGUCCGGAUGGGUUGAGCUCGAUCCACUGCAGAUUUGGCAGUCUGCCAGCGAUUGCGUCGAACGGGCUGUGCAGAAUUUAUUGCUGCUUGAUAUUGAUCCGAGGGACAUUGUAGCGGUUGGUAUUUGCAACCAGCGGGAGACGAGUGUCCUGUGGGGUAGGGGCGAUGGGCAGCCGUUAUGUAACGCGAUUGGCUGGUGUGAUACGAGGACUUCCGACGUGAUUGGUGCAUUGCUGACAAGGGUUAAGGGGAAGAUUAACUUUUUGAAAACGGUUUGCGGGUUGCCGUUUGCGAAUUGUUUCAGCGCUGUUAAGAUUCGGUGGAUGCUGGACAAUGUGGAUGGGGCGCAUGGCAAGGAUCUCAUAUUUGGAACGCUGGAUAGCUGGAUUAUAUGGAAUUUGACCGGUGGGAUGAAUGGAGGAGUUCAUGUAACAGACGUGACGAAUGCUUCCAGAACGAUGCUGAUGAGUUUGGAAAAGUUGGAGUGGGACACUAGGUUGUGUCAUUUUUUUAAAAUUCCGCGCAAUAUUCUACCCAAGAUUAGAAGUUGUUCGGAAAUUUACGGAUACAUUAGCGAAGGAUCGCUAAGUGGGGUACCGAUUACUAGUUGUAUUGGCGAUCAACAGGCAGCCCUGUUGGGGCAGCUUUGUCUCAGUGCCGGACAGGUGACGUGCAAUUUGGACGACGGUUCAUUUCUUUUGUUCAACACCGGUCAGGAGAUAAUAGACUCGGAUCAUGGUCUCUUAUCUACGGUUGCAUUCAAACUUGGACCAGAAGCAGACACAUUCUACGCUUUGGAGGGAGCAAUUCCUCAUGCAGGCAAUUCUUUAAACUGGUUGCGCGAGAAUCUUCAACUGCCCAGUCAAAAUGGUUCAUUGUCACAGAGCUUCGUCGGCGAUCCUGGUCAUUCUGCGCUACUGUCAUCUAUAUGCUCAAAAAAAUCCCUAACACCGUACAGUGAGCCAGGUGGUUUCAAGAACCCUAACUACGAAGUGAUAUUAGUACCGGCAUUCAGCGGCUACUACACGCCUUACUGGCGGUACAAGGCCCGCGGAAUGCUGUUUGGAUUAACCCUACAGACAACAGCAGCACAAAUCAUGUUUUCGGCCUACGAAGCCGUCUGUUUUCAAGUGCGCGAAAUAUUGGAAUCCCUAGCGAAGGACUGCCGGACGUGGCCAACGUUGACAAAGUUAGUGGCUGGCGGAGAACUAAGCGAAAAGUCUUUCCUUAUGCAAAUGCUGGCAGAUUUGAGUGGGAUAAGCAUCGAGCGGCCGCAAACUUCAACUCCGGUGUGCCUGGGAACGAUGCUUGCGGCCGGACUGGCUGUCGAAGUUCUGACAUUGGACGAUUUUCGAACCAGCUGCAUUCCACCAAUCGAUUACUAUACGCCGGUGCUAAGCUCUAGUCAAAGAGACAUGAAAUUUCGCAAGUGGAAGGUAGCUGUCGAUCGGUGUCUCAACUUUGACUCCGUCUCUGAGACGGAUCUUUCAAAAUUCCUCCAGGAAGAAGAUGAUCCAGACCGUUCGGUUCGUUGUUCCAUUCCGGGUGGUGUCUACAUUGUAUCUUCAUUCGCACUCAUAGUACUGGCGCAAAUACUUCAGCAAAAUCGAAGCUCUUAGUGCAUGCCGACUGAAACAUACCCCAAUGAUAUGCCAGUGUUUCCCCCUAGUAUGCCAUUGCUGUAAUUUUUAGGUAAUAAUAACCGUAGAGGAUAUUUCUCGCUUAUGUUCUGACCUCAAACGAAAGCUUUUAGUCAACACCAGCGCUACAA